AUGAGCAAAACGGUGCAUUACGCGUUGGUAGCGUUCUGGGAGAAGUCCGGGUGUAAGAUCGUCGCGGAUUAUCCGGCCAAGAAGGACCCAGCUUACAGGGCAAUAGCGUUGAGCACGGUGGACGGCUUGAAGUCUCUGGAGAACGAUAAGAUCAGCCUCGAUCGGGGCAAGUACACAGUGCACGUGUUGAUCGGCGAGUUACACUACGCCUGUCUAACGUCCAAGCCAGAAUGUCCUUCGUCCGCCGCGAACCUCGAGUCCUGUACCCAGAUGUUUCUCGAAAAAUUGCGGAGUGUGUACAGGGAACUUCCGAUUCUCGCCGAUCUUUCUAGGGAUCUGACCAGUCUCGCCGUGAUCGAUCUCUCGACACCGCUGAGAAAGUUAGUGGAGGAGUACAAUCAGCAGGAGAUCGAUCUAAUUCCGAAGCUUGAGGGAGAACUGGCGGAAAUACGAAAGGCUUUGAUGGAUGGUGUUCAGAAGCUGAUCGACAGGGGCCAAAGGCUGGAAGAGCUGGUCCGUAAGACUCAGAGCUUGCAAAUCAUGUCCCGAAAGGACUUCAACGUGAUGCGGGCCACACGUAAGAAGAAAAACGUGAUGGUCGCGACAGCAGCUGCGAUCAUGAUGUUCGUGUCCACGUCGCUCUUCGCUUUUCUGCUUUACAUCGGGAUUCUCUGA